GCCCACUGCAUCGUCUGCAUGAAAGCCGUCUCUGCCUAUUGUAUGCUCAUAUCCUGCCACGCUCCCAUUUUACAAAUUACAAGGACUAAUUUGUAGUUUUCCUAACAGAAAAUAGACGGAAUCCAUCGCCCAGAAACUGGAGAAAGAAACAGGAACUCUCGGCCAAAAAACUGAACAGAAUUUCAAAGGAUAUAGCGAGCUGCAGCCUUUCUUUCUAUGUUCUCCUUAAUUUCUUCAUUUUUUCUUUGUCAAAUAAACUAAAUAUUUACAAAUUCUCUCUCAAAUCAUGAGGCUGCUCUCAAAGACAUUCCGAUCCGUAAAGCCUCUGAGCUCGAACAAAUCAAAACCAUCACCCCCUGAUCAAUCAUCACCACCAUCAUCAUUGCCCAUAUCGAGAAUAUCACAAGCGAAACCGAGCUCAAAGUCAAGGACAAGAUCUUGGUGUGUGUAUCUUAUCCUUUCCACCAACGCUCCCAUCAAAACCUAUGUUGGUGUCACCAACAAUUUCUCUCGCCGUUUAAAACAACAUAAUGGUGAACUUAAAGGUGGUGCAAAAGCAUCUCGUGCAGGAAGGCCAUGGAUUGGUGCAUGCAUAAUUCGAGGUUUUGAUGAUCAAAGUGAAGCUUGUGAGUUUGAAUCAAAAUGGAAAAGUUUGUCAAGAAAAAUGCCUCGAAAAGGAAAGAGCGAUAACACGAUGAAGCAGAGUGUUGAUACGUCGCAUGCACUAUUGCAACACAGGCAGGCAGCUCUAAAUAGAGUUAAAGGCUCGUUUAGUUGCAAUCGCUUGGAGAUUGAUUGGAAAUUGGAUCCUUUCUAGUUUGAAAUGCAUCAUGUGCUGCCAUAUUCAUUCAAAAUGUGGUUAAUUUGUAGUCUAUUCAAUAUUUAUGGAAGCCAAAAUAUUGUAUAAGAUGUGUAUAAUGUGAUUUUUCACACAGAGAUGAUUAUUAUAUACAUGUUAAAAAAAAAGAGAAUCAUUUUACGCUUGCCAAUCGUAGCGUUGGAAAGCAAAGAGCUUGUGCCUAUAUGAGGGUCAGUGAAAUGUACUAUUUCUGUUUUCUUAAUGGAUGAGAAGUGUGUGUAUUUGGAAUGCA